AUGGCUGAAUUCCAGGAGACAAUUAUCCAGCCCGGUGAGUUAUUUUUUUCUUUGCUCAAUCUCAUUCGUCAUCCCCUCUGGAAGCUCAAUCCCGACCUCGACCUGCUCGCGAUUUUCGGCAUCGUCAUUCUGGCGGCGGACCGCUUUUGUCCAUGUGGGCCGUGCUCAACAGCCAAGGGCGACUUCGUUCGCCAGGGUCAAUUGCGCGAGAGGUCUCGUUCUCCUCGUAGGGGUCGUUCAAGAAGCCCGAACACUCGACGAUCAUAUUCGCCGCGUGAUCGAUCGCGUAGUCAACCCCGGAGAAGAAGCCGGUCUCCUAUGACUGGACAGGGCGCAUCUGCAGGAGGAACAGGUCCAGGAUACAACGGCGCCCCCCAUCGAUCAUACGAAGACCGCUCGGUACACCGUGACCAAGCCAUGAACAACAUUCGCGAGACGUCGCAGCAGGACCGUCGGGUUUACGUCGGCAACCUGUCCUACGACGUAAAAUGGCACCAUCUCAAGGACUUUAUGAGACAGGCUGGAGAGGUUCUCUAUGCCGACGUGCUGCUUCUUCCUAAUGGAAUGUCGAAGGGAUGCGGAAUUGUGGAGUAUGCCACGAGGGAGCAAGCGCAGCAAGCUGUAUCGUCACUCAGCAACCAGAACCUCAUGGGCAGGCUCAUCUAUGUCCGAGAGGACCGCGAGGCUGAGCCCAGGUUCGGUCCGCCGGGUGGUGCUGCUCGCGGCGGAUUCGCCGGCCCCAUGGGAGGCGGCGCUCCUUAUGGCGGCGGCGGUUUCAACCCCGGCAUGGCUGCUGGUGGUGGUGGUCGUCAGAUCUACGUCUCUAACCUACCCUUCAACGUGGGUUGGCAGGACCUGAAGGAUCUAUUCCGGCAGGCUGCCCGUGCAGGUGGUGUGAUCCGCGCCGAUGUCCAUCUCGGACCUGACGGUAGGCCUAAGGGUUCUGGAAUCGUCGUCUUCGAGUCCCCCGAAGAUGCGCGCAACGCUAUUCAACAAUUCAACGGCUAUGACUGGCAGGGCCGUAUGCUGGAGGUCCGUGAGGAUCGGUUUGCCGGUCCUGCAAUGGGCGCCGGUGGCUAUGGCCGCGGCGGUUUUGGUGGCGGACGUGGCGGUUUUGGUGGCGGCUUUGGUCGCGGCGGGUUUGGCGGAGGCCGUGGUGGAUUCGGUUAUGGUGCUCGCGGUGGCUAUGGGGGAGCUCCCGCCGCUGGCGGUUUCCAUGAUGCUGGCAACGCCUCGGUGCCCCCGAACGCGUUCACUGACCACGCCACUGGCGGUGUUGAGAAAUGCGACAUCAUCUAUGUCCGCAACCUCCCCUGGUCGACGAGCAACGACGAUCUUGUUGAGCUCUUCUCCACCAUUGGUAAGGUUGAGCAGGCUGAGAUCCAGUACGAGCCAAGCGGCCGGUCUCGCGGCAGCGGUGUGGUCCGCUUCGACAGUGCCGACACGGCCGAGACCGCCAUUGCCAAGUUCCAAGGCUAUCAAUACGGCGGCCGCCCUCUCGGCUUGAGUUACGUCAAGUAUGUCACACCGGGCGCCGGAGACAGCAUGGACACCGAUCCCCACGGCGGCCUCACUCAGGACCAAAUCAUGUAA